AUGUGGGACGAUAGCGGAGGUGGUGGGGUUCAAAAUUGCAGAAAUCAAGAUCUGGUAAAGCCGCAGAGCCCGGUGUGGGUGAGUCCGGGCAGUGCUCCAGUAGGAAGAGACGAAUUGAAGUGGAAUAGAAAAGAAAUGGAACGGGCGAUGACGGCACUGCAUUUUAUUUCUGUUAUUUGUCAUAAUCCAGAAGAACCGAGUGUCGCAGACAGGGCCGCUGUUGUGCAGCCGGUAGAGAACAUCGGGUUUCAUCAUGGAGGCAGGUGGCGUCCACUCAGUCUAGUGCCCCUCAUGCUAGCAGCCCGUUCCGUGCUACCUAAAACACCUCAUGCAAAACUAAAAAACGAAAACCAGCUCGCACACAACGGAUCAUUUCCCAAAACUCCUCUCCCCGCGGGGAAACAACUCUUGGAGCCAGCUCGAUCAAAUGGGAAACCAUCGUUGGUAGAAUCCUCUACUCGUCCAAGAAAAGCAUUAUUGGAUAAGACCCCAGGAGCCCAUUUACAGAACCGGGGAGGAGGAAUCAAACUCAAUGUUCAGCCCGGCAAUGGCAAACAGCUC